UUAAUUUGUAGAAAUAAAAAAAUGAAUGAAAUGUUUGCACAGAUAAUCGAAGUAAAAAUGAUUUUCUAUUUAAUAUCGGUUGAAGAUAAUGUAGCAAGAAUAUAUGAUUUGGAAGAAAGUGUAGGAAAUAUGGAAUGGUAGAUGGAGUGGAGUAGAAAAAAAUAGAAGAAAGGAAACAGAAUGAAAAAGAAAUAGAGAGGAAGAGAUUAGAAGUGGAAUUCAUGCUGGGCAUUGCACGAUAAGCAGUGCAAAUUUGUUGUCGUACCGUUCUUGUCGUCGUCGUCGUCGUCGUCGUCGUCGUCGUCGUCGUCGUCGUCGUUUGAAAGGACAUAUAUACAAUGUCUCAGACAUCCGAAUUAUAAAGGGAACAAAGUGAAAAGACAUUUUCCUGAUGUGUCAAUGGAAACAGAUCAUGAAUGCAUGGACAAGUGCGUUAAAAAUUGCAAAAUAACCACCAAUCACGAUUGCAGUUCGAAAUGUUCUCAUUGUAUUAGAAGAAAGAAACAGAGAACUCAAAUUAUUACGGAAUACGAGACCGAGUGUAUAGAAGGAGAUUGUAAUAAAAAAGACGAUAAACCUUCUGUCGUUGGCAUGGCCAAUAUUACCACGAAUAUGGUUAUUAAUAAUGUUAUCCGCACUGAUACAGAAGAACCUACGGUUUCAACGAUUAAACCACCCCAUCCCCGUCCCGAUUGCAAUUGCACUUGCUGCGAUGACUGUGCACCAUGUCCACCAUGGUGCUGUCCUCAUCAUCGUGAUCAUUAUCACGGUGAUUUUUAUCAUGGUGAUCAUUAUCGUGGUGGUUAUUAUGGAGGUUUCCAUGGGGGCCUGCAAUUAUCUUUGGUGCCACAAUUAUCUUUAGGAUUAGGCCUUAGUCCAUCGUUUGAUUGUAUUUAUCCAUAUCAUUGGUUUUGCAAUCGUCAUAAUCAUUACCAUACAUCUGGAAUAGAUUGUUCUGGAUGCCACCAUCCAGUUAAUCAACACAGGUGUCACUCAUCUUGUUACGAACACCAUUCGUAUGGUUCACGAAUGAAAAGAGAGGAUGAACCUUGUAAGAGUCCCCACUGCGUUGGUGGAAUUUAAAUUUCUUUCGAAUAAUUAAUUAUACCAUUUUAUAUACACAAAUUACAUAAAAGUAUAAUCUUAUUUUUGAAUACAAUCUCUCUCAUGUUAAGUUAGAAUAAAUAAUAAUUGUAAAAUUUGAUCACAUAGUAUCUCAACAAGAUAAUACUAUAUGUUUCUAUUUUAACAGUAAAAUGAGUCACUGUGCUAUCAUAUUAUCUCAAUAGGAAUAGGAACAUUACUCAUUUAUUUGUUCAAUCAUGUGAAAUAAAAAGGAAAAGUAUACGCUUUAGAAUUAAAUCUUCUGUAUAUUAUGAUUCACGUUGUAAUAUUUCAUUGGAAUCCAAUGUUGUAUUAAUCAUUUAUAUUAUAAAAUGUGUAAUAAAACACAUUACAAAGGGAAUGUAUUCAUUCAAUUUCAAUUCAGAUCGUUAGAUCGGCGAUCUAAUGAAAUCAUUUUUAUUGUAAUCAUAUAAAAUAAAAUUUGUGCCCCUAUAAGAAGAUGCAAUUCUCUAGACAACUCGAAGAGAAUGGUUGCGGUGAGUGUAGGUAAAACGUUGGUAUCGAUAUAAUAUACAUAUAGGCUUAAUAUUAAAUUAAAUAAACGAUUUAUUUUUUGAUGGAUAA